UAAACCCCGCCUCAAAUGGUGCCACACCGACACCGCUCCGGCUGGAUCCUUGUGCUGAAGUUCACUCAUGCCGCGGUGAUCCGUCGAGCAGAGCGAGAUCCACGAUGAACGCCCGGGUUCUGGUCGGAGUUAAACGGGUCAUUGACUAUGCUGUCAAGAUCAGAGUCAGGCCGGACCACACCGGAGUGGUUACAGACGGGGUCAAGCAUUCGAUGAACCCUUUCUGUGAGAUUGCAGUGGAGGAGGCCGUCAGACUCAAAGAGAAGAAGCUUGUUAAGGAGAUUGUGGCUGUCAGCUGUGGUCCUCAGCAGGUUCAGGAGACGAUCCGGACCGCUCUGGCCAUGGGUGCGGACCGCGGCAUACAUGUGGAGGUGUCUGGAAAGGACUACGACGCGCUUGGUCCGCUGCAGGUCUCCAAGAUUAUGGCUGCUCUCGCUAAGAAAGAAGAAGCGGAUCUGAUUAUUCUGGGUAAACAGGCCAUAGAUGAUGACUGCAAUCAAACUGGACAGAUGACGGCAGCCCUGUUGGACUGGCCGCAGGGAACUUUUGCAUCUGAGUUGACCUUAGAAGGAGGCAUGCUGAAGGUGGUGAGAGAAAUUGAUGGUGGUUUGGAGACCAUUAAGAUCAAAAUGCCAGCUGUGGUGACUGCUGACCUUCGUCUCAACACUCCCAGAUACGCCACGCUGCCCAACAUCAUGAAAGCGAAGAAAAAGAAGAUUGCAAAUGUGAAGCCUGCAGACCUGGGAGUGGAUGUGACCUCACGGUUGGAGGUGCUCAAGGUGGACGAACCUCCUCAGAGACAAGCUGGAGUGAAAGUGGAGACGGUCGAGGAUCUGGUGGCUAAACUGAAAGAGGCUGGAAGAAUAUAGAGGAAGUAGAUGCAGGAGGGGCAAAGCAGACUAACACUGAAGGUCUUUCAUAACUGGUGAUGGAGGCCAGUAAAGUCUGCAUCAGUCCCGUCACAGAUCCAGACCAGACCCAUGUAGUUUAUGUAGUAUCUGUGUUUUUGACUCUUAUGUUCGUGUGGAUACUGAGAGACACUGAUCAUCAGCUCCCAUCUGUCCCAGUGAGGGAUCACCAGUUCUUCUGUGCAUUUUAAGAAAGAGUACAUCAAAAUAUAGGGAACACUUUUGAAUGCUCUAUUAAGCCAUUGUUUGUUUUAUUCAUAUGUUCACUCAAAAUCACAAAUCCUGUUGUUAAUUUGUGUAAUUAAAAAUCAGUCUAGUUUGAACAAGCCAUGGAGUUUAUUGAUGUUGUUUAAAGUUGAGCCUCAUUUUUAACCGGACAGUGUCUCUCAGCAUAAAGAAAAAGUGAAUCACGUUACCACAAGCGCCUCUCAAUGAGUCCUGAUUGUACAGUAUCAUUUGAUGACAAUAAAAAGUUGUCUUUUUCAUAUGCA